AUGAUUGAUUUUAUCAAGAAGUACAUAGUGCAUAGGUUUGGCUUGCCACGAACAAUUACUGUCGAUCAAGAGACAGUAUUUAAUGGUGAUGAGGUAAUGGAAUUUUCCAGAGCGCAUGAAAUUCAAAUGUUGAACUCAUCUCCAUAUUAUGCUCAAGCAAAUAGGGAUAGCAUUCAGGCAUCUCCUUUUGAAUUGGUUUAUGGUCAUGCUGCAGUUCUACCCUUGGAGGUGACGGUAAGGUCUAGUAGGGUAGAUAAGCACUAUGACAUUCCUAUCGAUGAGUAUGUGGAGGCCAUGUUCAUGGAAUUACAAGAUGUGGAAUGCAAAAGGAUGGUUGCCUUUGAUUGUUUGAUGGCUCAAAAGAAGAAGAUUAACAAAGUCUAUAACAAGAAGGCUAGGUUGAAAAUCUUUGGAGUAGGUGACUUGGUGUGGAAAACCAUCUUGCCAUUGGGAACAAAAGACACUGAGUUUGGCAAGUGGUCACCAAAAUGGAGUUUUCUUUGUCUAAUAAUGACCAGUUCUGCCACAGGUCUUAAUUCUUCAAGUGCAAGUGUUGUAACUUGUUCAGAAAUAGCUGAGGAAGUUUGA